CAAGAUUUGCCUUACAGAUGAAGAGGAAGAAGUUACAAAGCCCUUUGUUUGUUUCCUCGUCUAUCGAAUCGAACUAAAAACCUAAUAAAAACCUUUUCACUUCACUCUCUACAAAGAUUCAAAAUUGGUUCCCAAUCAUUCGGUUUUCUUUUUUUAAUAAAUUAGGUUUUAGAUAGAUUCUUAGAAUUUGAGAUCUUUGAUUUAAUUUAUGGCGACAACCACAGCAUCAUCAUCAACAACAACAACAGCAACAUCAACCAUACAGACACCAGAUCAAAUCAUACCAAACGACCUCUCAGAAUCCUCAGAACCGCUGAGUUUGCCAACUGUAGAUGCAGAAGAGAAAGUAUCUGAGCCAGAGACCAGACAGAAUCAUCCUAAUAAAGAUGAAAGGACCGUUCCUUCUCAGGGUGCCUCUAGGAAUCCACAAAUAAAUGUAAAUGUGCAAUCUACAGGGGCAGCUGGAGAUGGUGGCGCUGUUUACUCUCCAAGCGUCUAUGCGCCUCAAGCUCAAUCAUUUUACUAUGGGGGUUAUGAUAAUAGUGCUGGUGAAUGGGGUGAUUACCGUCAUUAUGUUGGUCUAGAAAGCCUAGAUGUUGGAUCUACUGGUGUCUUCAAUGAUAAUCCGUCCCUCAUGUUUCAUGCUGGCUAUGGGUACAAUCCUCAAAUGCCAUAUGGUCCAUAUUCCCCCGUCACAACACCUCUACCUUCUGUAAGAGGGGAUGGCCAACUCUACUCUCAACAACAGUUCCCGUAUUCAGGUCAACCUUACUACCAGCAACCAAUUCCUCCAAGCAUGCCAUACAUUACUGCAACAACACCGGUUUCACAAGGUGAUCUGGCUAUUCCACUUAGUAUGGAUCAACAAGGCGAUGGCAUGUAUUAUGGGCGAAGAGCUGGUGGUCAGCCUCAGUUUGGUUCUUAUGGUAGAGGAGGCAGUGGCUUUGCUGGAAACUCUGGUAACUCUGGCUUUUACGAUUCGAGGCAGGCUUAUGAUGGUUUUGGAUCCGGUGGACUCUGGUCAGAUUGGUCGAAAUCCCCAGAUGCGCAGAGGUCUUAUAAUCCGUUGCUGUCUCCGGCAGCCUCGCCGCAAUCUAUCAGCACAUUUGGAUCACUGGGCCGGAAUGCUGGGAUGGCAUCUCAACAACAAAGAGCAACAUAUGGCUAUCGGUAUGGAUCAGGUUCAACCUCUUAUACCAGAAGCUAUCAAAAUAAUGGGAUUUAUUCAAGAUCUGGUUUCAGAAGUCCCUCAAUAUCAAGUUUGGGAACAAGUGAGAGUUGGCUGGCUAUUGAAAAGGCUAAAAGGCGAGGAAGAGAUAGCGUAUCUGCGUGCGGUUGUGAUACCACUGCUCCUGACAUUCUCAGUGAGCAAAACCGAGGGCCAAGAGCCUCAAAGCCAAAGAGCCAGAUCACAACUGAACAUGCUUCUUCUGUUGAUGGUGGUAGUAAGACUGGGUCGUCUGCUUCAGGGGCACGGAAAGAAUUAUAUAAUCAGCCUGACUUUGUCACCAACUAUGAGGAUGCCAAAUUCUUUAUAAUCAAAUCUUACAGCGAAGAUAAUGUCCACAAGAGUAUAAAGUAUGGAAUCUGGGCAAGCACUCCCAAUGGGAACAGGAAACUAGAUGGUGCGUAUUACGAAGCAAAGGAGAAGCAAAAUGGAUCCUGCCCAGUCUUUCUCUUCUUCUCGGUUAAUGCUAGUGCACAGUUCUGUGGCGUGGCAGAAAUGGUAGGACCUGUAGACUUCGAUAAGAGUGUGUCUUAUUGGCAGCAAGAUAAGUGGAGCGGGCAGUUCCCUGUCAAGUGGCACAUAAUAAAGGAUGUACCCAACAGUCAGUUUCGUCACAUUAUUCUUGAAAACAAUGAUAGUAAGCCUGUAACAAACAGCCGAGAUACACAGGAGGUGAAAUUGGAACAAGGUCUAGAAAUGCUGGGUAUUCUGAAGAAUUAUGAAACUGAUUUGUCAGUUCUUGAUGAUUUCGAUUUUUAUGAAGAGAGGCAGAAAGCAAUGCAAGAGAGGAAGGCGAAACAGCAGCAACAACAACAACAGGGUGGAAGCAGCUUGAAUAAUCAGACUCAUCCGGUGGUCGGAGGAAAUGAGCAUAGGAGUGCAGUAAUAACCUCCGAGUAUCUAAAGCAAUUGCCCAAGAGCUUUGCUCAAGUUGUUCGAUUGGAAGAGAGUACAAAUAACCAUAAAGAAGAAAACCAGCUUACUACAGAAAAAAGUAGUGCUGGUUCCAUUGCCACCUCUGAGGCCAUUGGCAAUCGACUUCAACCUGAAGACACCACAGAACAGUUAAAAGCCGGUGGUUGAUUAGCUGGAUCGUAGAAUCUGACAUAUCCCUUGCUUUCCUUUCUGUUUUACCUUUUUCAUUCUCUUGUUAGUUUCUUUGGGUUUUAGCUGUGUUGGGAGGAAUGAGUGUGCAUUGGUGUUUGGUGGCGAGCGAUGGUUUUUAUGGCUGGUGAGGAGCACAACAUCACAUGUAUAGUAUGCACAAUAUAAUGCCUGCAGCAGCCAUUUCCCAUUUGUAAUCUCGUUUUUCCUUGUUGUUUUCUUUAAGUUUAAAGUCCUCCUUCAAACCUUCCAAAACCCUUGGAAGGGUUGCAAAUUAAUUAAUAAAAAGAUAAGAUAAUAUGUAUUAGCAUCAGCAAAUUUGGGGACUGCAAAUCUGCUUUUAAGUCCUCAGAUAACAGUUAAAAGAAAUAAAAAAAAUAAAAUUGUAUUGCUUUA